CGCGGAGUGAAGCUUGGUGAUGCCGUGAGUGUCAGAAACUACUCCCGGGGAUUGACGUGGGUCCCUGGAACUAUCAUCCAGGAAACCGGCCCUCUGUCUGCGCGAGUUGAACUAGAAGAUGGAAUGGUAGUUCGGAGACAUCUUGACCAAUUAAUUUCUUGUACUACAGAGCCUCUUUGCCCCAGUCCAACAGCUCAAAGGGCAAGCCAUAGCAACGAGGGAAGUGUUGUUCCGGAGGUUGCAGUACCCGAUGUAGAUAGCCCUGAAGUAACCUGUGGGGAGUUUGAGCCACCUACUACACCCGAAGACCCAAGCUUAGUCCCUGCUACCCCGGAGCGACGAUAUCCAGUAAGGGAUCGAAGACCACCACAGCGUUAUUACUGA